GUUUCAUUCAGACGUUUUGAGUUAACACAUCGACAGCCGGAAAAACGUGAAUCCAGGAAAAGUGCAAGUUUUUCGCGAUAUCUUUACGUGUUUGGUGAAAACCCGGUCGUGUGUUAUGGUAAUUUUGUUGGCCGGUCUUCAGCCCGCAGCUUAACAUUUGUCGUAGUCCCUUCCCCCCGAGACGAGAAGUAGUGCACGAAGAUGAACGCGAUGUACCACAUGAAACCGCUGCAAAAGCUGGAUGAUGCUUGCGACUUGCCAAGUUGCAUGUACAAGCUGCAGCCGGUAUCCACGUUUUCCUUUGAUCCUGCGGCUAAAAUUCACGGCCUGAAAGGCGAACCACUAAGCGCCAGCACAGCCGCCGAUCCGAUGUCUGCCGAAAUUGAUAAUUUGCUUAAAAAGGCUGAGAACGACGAGCUGAGCAAGUUGGCUGAAAGGCAGCAACGGGUGCUACAGCAGCUAGCGGCCCUGAAGCAGGAUCUUCUGUCGCUGCGGACUGAACUGAAGCUCAAUAACAAGCCUGCAACUGCAUCGUCACCAUCUCCGCAAAAGACGAAAGGCCAGCUAAAAGCUGAACCUAUCAACCUCACCUACUUGCAAGAUUUCGUCAUCAAUGCCAGUCCGGAGCACGUGCCGUACAGUUUGCUGGCACUGAAGAACCUCUGGAAGGACCGACUAAAUCUGCAGGUGGAAUGUUUCACGCACUCCACGGUGCCGAAGCUAAGCGAUGAGGCCAUCAACUUUCAGAAAGCCAUUUCAUGCACCAGCGAUGCCAUCGCUAGCCAGCUGCCCGUCAUCAAAGUUACAUUGAUUUGGAAAAAUGUUGGCACGUACACCGAGAUGAUCACCUCCCCCACAUCUUACGUCCCAAUCUGCGGUGAAGUGAACAUUCUGCGCUAUCUUUCGCGCUGUGGCCCAAGCGAGUUCAACUAUGAGCUACUGGAGAACGUGGUUGAAGUCGACUCGAUACUGGAUGCUUGCUAUCUGUUGAUCAACAAGCAGAACAUCAAACAGCGCCAACAGAUCCUCCGUACGCUUGGCGCGAAACUGGGCAAAACGAUCGGCUUCGGUGGUGAGGAUAUUUCGAUGUGCGAUAUCGCUUUCACGAGUGCCGUCAAGCAAGUGCAACGCACGAUCAGCAAGGACAUUAACCCCAACAUGGCCAAGUGCAUCGCGCGCGUUACUACCAUAGUAGGCAUGUAAAGAUGGUAUCGUCUUUGGCUUCAGCAGGCUUUGGCUUCAGCAGGUGGAUGAGCCAGUUGCAAGCGUGAGUGUUGUUUCUUCCUUUUAUUUUGUUUCAAUAUUUAUUCGAUUAUUCGAUUUAAAAGGAUAAAACUGCUCGAUACUCAGCUUACAACACAUUCGCAAUGAUCAAAACAAAUAAAUCGAAAGUCUUUUCGAGAUUCGCAUUACAAACUAAA